ACAUUUACACUGCAAGUUGUGCGAUGAUUCCGCUUCCAAUCCCUUCCUCGGGCUGUGAUGGGAAGCCUCCUCUGCCGUGGCAAGCCGUACUUCCACCAUUCAUCAAGCAUCCCUAAAUAUCCUCUUCUCAACUCAAACGAUAAAACCAGGUCGUUGUCUGCGGAGUGGUCGGCUCGGCUUGCCUUCAACGCCGCUGGCUCGAGCUGCCCUGAUCCGCCCAGGACCAUUGCCCCAAACAGGUUUCUUUGCUGCCGGAACACGGCGACACCUAUUCAGUCCCGCUAACAGUCAUCAAGCACAGUCAAUCCACAUGCUUCACACGAAGACCCGCAUGCAGUUGCUUCUUCUCUAAAUAUAUCACAGGAGCGACCUAUUUUUCAUCCGACCAUAUAAAUGACGUUCACAGCCAUCUCACCCUCCCGUUCAUCCCCACCUACUCCGGAGCUCGACGAUAAGCUAUGUACAACAACGCCAACGUCGCUGGCGAGGACGACCCUCGGGUCAACACCACCGAUGCCAAGGGUGUAGACACUCUUGAGCCCAGCCCACAUCCGGCUGUGGUGUCCUUCGAGGAGUAUCUCGAAUACGCGAAGCGGUCUCGUGCGUACGAGGAGCAAUUGCACAGCGAACGCGUUGCCGGCAAGCAGGCCACCAAGACCGGUUCAGAUCCCACUGUGAACUCAGAUAGCAAAGGUGAAAAGGCGCUCGUCACCGACGGCGAGUCGCUCACGGCUGACGAGCGCGAGCGGAUCAACGCGCGGCGCGCCCUGCGCUCCGCGUCGUGGGCGGCUGUCUUCUACCUCAUCACCACGGACAUCCUGGGGCCGUUCAACGCGCCCUUCGCGCUCUCGCAGGUCGGCUACGUGCCCGGCGUGAUCCUUUACUUCUUCAUGGGCGCUGUCGCGUGCUACACCGGCCUCCUGCUCUGGUACCUCUUCCUCAGGCUCGACUCGGAUCUGUACCCGGUCAAGACGUACGCCGAUAUCACAAGGAGGAUAUUCGGUUUGGAAGCGGCGCACGCAGUGAACGUGUUGCAAUCGAUACAACUCAUCAUCAAUGUUGGGACGAUUUGCCUUUCGAAUGGGCAGAGUCUCAGCCAGAUCUCGAAGGGCCACUUAUGCUUCGCCGUCUGCAUCGUCAUCUGGGCAUUCGUCGGCAUGGUCAUCGGCCAGGUCCGCACCCUGAAGAACUACGGCUGGCUGGCGAACAGCGCCGUCUGGCUGAACCUAUCCCUCAUCUUCAUCUCGAUGGGUUUCGUCGCACACUCGCCGCCGAACUUCCUUGCAGCCAAAGCAGCGUAUGGGAUCGAUCCUGCCCCGGUGGUCACCAAGGCGUUCGUGACCUUGCCUCUGAGUACCAAGGUGAACGGUAUUAUGAACAUGUGCUUCGCUUAUGGUGGUGCCAUGAUUUUCCCGGAAAUGCUCGCGGAGAUGCGCCGGCCUUGGGAUUUCUGGAAGGGCAUGUGCUGUGGCCAGCUCCUGAUCUUCUCCGCAUAUCUCCUCUACGGCGUCUUCGUGUACAGCUUCCAGGGCCAGUUCACGCUCCCGCUUGCGUACCAGGGCGUGAGCAAGUACGCCUGGCAGACGGUCGGGAACGUUAUCGCGCUUAUCACGGGUAUCAUCGCGGCGGGUUUGUAUGGUAACAUCGGCAUCAAAGUCGCGUACUACAAUAUCGUGGAGGGCAUGUUUAAGGGCCCGCGCCUCGAAUCGGCGAUGGGCAAGCGAAUCUGGAUCGGUAUGGUCCUCAUAUAUUGGGCGCUCGCCUUCAUCGUCGGCGCCGCCAUUCCGCAAGUGCAGACAAUCUCCGGUCUAGUCGCCGCCGUGUGCAUCAUGCAGUUUACGUACACCUUCCCGCCGCUGCUCGUCUGGGGUUACCUCGUCCGCCUCGACGGCGUGACCGCCGACGGCAAGUUCUCUCUCAGCCAGGGCGUAAGGACGGGCUCGCUCCGGCGGCUGCUGUUCAAGUGGUUCAACUUCGUGUUGUUCCUCGCCUCGCUUGCGAUGGCGUGCUUGGGCAUGUUCGGGAGCGGGACCGCGAUCAAGGAGACGUUCAAGACGGCGCAGGCGACCAGCUUUGGAUGCAAGCCUCCCGUGUAGAUUCGACGGGCGGAUUCAGAUUACUUUGUUGUGUUUGUUUGUUGUAAGUGGAAUAAUGUCUCACGAUACUAUCUCUGUACGACUGCUGUAGUCUGUAGAUACUGAAACGAAGUUAAUGCAACUGCGGCGUUCUGGUGCGGAGUCAUCACGGAGCCGACGCGGUGUGCGCC